AUGGAUGAAGGAACAGACGCUCGGGAUGUUCUGGAGAACAAGCUGCUGCCUUUGCGACGAGGAUAUAUUGGUGUUGUGAAUCGUAGCCAGAAGGAUAUUGAUGGAAAGAAAGACAUCAAAGCUGCCAUGGAAGCAGAGAGGAAGUUUUUCUUCACCCACCCGUCAUAUAGGCACAUGGCUGAAAAAAUGGGUACUCCACGACUGCAAAGAGUUCUCAACGAGCAACUCACCAACCACAUCCGGGACACACUGCCGGCGUUCCGCAGUAAACUCCAGUCCCAGCUGUUGGCAUUGGAUAAAGAGGCAGAGGAAUACCGAGGAUACCGACCUGAUGACCCGUCUCGCAAAACCAAGCAGCUGUUGCAGAUGGUGCAGCAGUUUUCAGUAGACUUUGAGAAGAGAAUUGAAGGUUCAGGAGACCAGGUGGAUACCGUGGAGCUUUCUGGGGGAGCGAAAAUCAACCGUAUAUUUCAUGAACGCUUUCCUUUUGAACUGGUCAAGAUGGAGUGUGAUGAGAAGGAAAUGCGUCGUGAAAUUAGUUAUGCCAUAAAGAACAUCCAUGGUAUCAGGACUGGUCUGUUCACCCCAGAUAUGGCGUUUGAAGCCAUAGUGAAGAAACAGGUCAUAAAGCUGAAGGAGCCUUGUGUGAAAUGUGUGGAUAUGGUCAUUCAGGAGCUGAUCAACACGGUCCGCCAAUGCUCCAACAAGCUGGAAUGCUUUCCCAGACUUUGUGAAGAGACUGAGAGAAUUGUCACAACACAUAUUAGAGAUAGAGAGAGCCGGGCUAAGGACCAGGUGCUGCUAUUGAUUGACAUUCAGCUUUCAUACAUAAAUACCAAUCAUGAAGACUUUAUUGGAUUUGCCAAUGCGCAGCAGAGAAGCAGUCAGACCAAUAAGAGCCAGAGUGCAUCAGUGAAUCAGGUCAUCCGCAAAGGGUGGCUUACCAUCAACAACAUCAGCAUCAUGAAGGGAGGAGCCAAGGAAUACUGGUUUGUGCUGACUGCGGAAAGCUUGUCCUGGUUCAAAGAUGACGAGGAGAAAGAGAAGAAGUACAUGCUGCCCCUGGACAACCUGAAAGUCCGCGAUGUGGAAAAGAGUUUCAUGUCCAGCAAGCACAUAUUCUGCAUCUUCAAUACUGAGUCAAGGAAUGUCUACAAAGACAAUCGUACUCUGGAGUUGGCUUGUGAUACUCAGGAUGAUGUUGACAGCUGGAAAUCCUCUCUCCUGCGUGCCGGCGUAUAUCCUGAAAAGACUGUCACGGUUGAGAGUGAGACCACUAGCUCCUCAGAUAACUUCUCAAUGGACCCUCAGCUGGAGCGUAAAGUGGAAACCAUCAGAAACCUUGUGGACUCUUACAUGGCUAUCGUCAAUAAGUGCAUCCGAGACCUGAUGCCAAAGGCUAUCAUGCAUCUCAUGAUCAACAAUGUGAAGGACUUCAUCAAUGCAGAGCUUUUGGCUCAGUUGUACUCAGCUGGGGAUCAGAACUCCCUCAUGGAUGAGUCCCAGGAGCAGGCCCAAAGGAGGGACGAGGUGCUGCGGACUCACCAGGCCUUGAAGGAGGCUCUGGCCAUCAUUGGUGACAUCUCCACCACCACUAUUACCACACCUAUGCCUCCGCCUGUCGACACCUCGUGGAUGGGUAUCAAUCGCAGAUCUCCACCCCCCAGCCCCACUGCUCCCCGGAGGAUGUCCUCGGGCCAGCGUCCUGGUCCUCGAGGGGCUCCCCCUCCACCAAACCGCCCUGGACCUUUGGGACCUUUCAACAAUAGUGCUGAAAGCCCCCAGGCCCCUAGCCGCCCGAACAGGGCUCCCCCAAGCAUCCCGAGCCGGCGGCCCCCUCCAUCUCCUACAAGACAAGCACCCCCAUCCUAA